CUUCUCGCUGCAGUCCAGCGCAGCACCAAGGAAUGUAGGGGUAUCACGCUCACGGACGCCCAUUCCCGCAAUGCGCGGACGGACAGCCGCAUUCCGGUCGACCAUGCGCACCGCGCGUUCGGCGGCCAAAGCAUCGCUCCGCUUCGACCAGCGCGGUCGACCGGCGCAUGAUUAAGCGCAGCGACUUUGCGGAGCCAGCACCAGCACUCGGAGGGAGUCCUUCGCCCAUUGCUAUAUCCGCAUCACCGCAUCGCCGCAUCGGCCCUCAGCCCCACUCAACCCUCCUGGCAUCCCCCUGCGCCCCCGCGCUCCCUCUUGCUCUCCCCGCAUUACGACCCUUUCGGAAUUACUCAGGCGAUCGACCUCCGACCUCCUCACGUUGCCCGACACUCCUUCCCCCCGCCAAGGGGUCGUCAGUAAACCCCCAUGGACCGCCUUAUCCGCUUCCUGAUCCUCCUCAACGCGCUGCCGCUCGUCGCGCUAAUCAUCGCCACGUUUCUUCAGUCCCUCUACCGCUCCCUCCUCCAGUUUCUCCGCCUCGCCCCCCCGGACGCCCCCGACCUCCCCAUCUCCCCGCACCCGCGCGCGCCCCCUCCCCCCUCGGGACUCUGGUUUGUGCGCCGGCACGGAUCUCUGGGACAGGCGGAGGGGGAGAUGAUGGAACACAUGCGCCAAUUCA